AUGACGAAUUACAGCGGAGAGAGGCAGGAGGCAUACAAACUGUUUGGUCGACAUGUCAAGCGACGGUCCUUCGAGUUCUGGAGCAUCUUCUGGGAUCCGGAGCUCAUGGCGAGCCUCGACCCCAUCAUGCAGCAAUACGUCUCACACAACAGCCUCUGGUACACACGGUGGCUGUCAGAGGAGGCCUUUGAGCGAGCAGAACAGGACGCGCAACUCGAAAACAGCAGUAGUGAGCCUAUGGCAGAUGCUGCAACACCUGUCGAGCAACAGCCACCAUUCUACACUACACCCUUCGACUAUGCCGAAGACCUGCGACGCAUCGAUAUUGAAAGCACGCUGGCUACUAUGCAAACCAUGGAAGCGGACAAGAGGGAACUACUCCGGGAGGCCGAAUACCUGCUUUAUAUAAACGCACAGCAAAAAUACGACCACUGCCACAUGGGGUCUACGGACGAGGAUGAACGUCAAAACCUCCUCCGACAAAUCCAACUCGUCGACAUAGCAUACGUCAGUCUUCGCAACACAGCCCACGACAUCGACGUCAAGCUCAAACAAUGGCGCAUUAGCCUCCGACACAAAACCAUCUGGGAAGCAGGCCAAACCACCGCGACAGGGACGGAUAGGCUUGUCGACUGGGCACCCGAGCCGCAAUGUAUAUCACCUCCGACCGAAGCCAUAGUCCCCGCCACACACAAACCGACAUACUCAAUGGGCGAGUUAGAAAGAAUACAUGGGCAGAUUUCUGGAGAGGUCAAGACAUUUGAGGAUGGUUGGAAAGACGAUAGACAACCGAGGGAUAAGAGGGAGAGGUGGAAGAAGGAUGCUGAGGAUGGGAGAAAUUUUUUGAGAGCGGCGGAUGUUGUGUUGUUACGGUUGCAGAAGGCGAGAGAAAGGGUUGACGACAGUGGUGUGGUCGUAGAAGCGGGGGCCGAUGGCGCGAUGGCGAUGAAAGAGAAAGAGGGAGAGGAUAGACAUGGGAGGAGAGAUGGUACUGUUCCGGCAACAACGGCUGAAGUCGCGGAGUUACAAGAAGGUCCCUUGCUUACUAGAAAACAGGUUGAGAAGGCGAGUACGCAUGGAGUACAAGGGACGAAAACGUCUGCUGGGGCUUUGGAUAAGGACAAGUCGUGA